CUCAGCGCAGGCAGCGCCCCAGCCGCCCGCGCGUCCGCCGGGGGGCGGCCCCGCGCGCUGCCGGGCCUCGCCGCCAUCUUGGCCGCUGCCCCGGGAGCGGGACGGGCCGAGCCUGGCCGGGGCGAGCGGGCCGCACCGGGCCGGGGGAGAAAAUGAUCCACAGCCUGUUUCUUAUAAACUGUUCUGGUGACAUAUUCUUGGAGAAGCACUGGAAGAGCGUUGUGAGCCAAUCUGUGUGUGAUUAUUUCUUUGAAGCUCAGGAGAAAGCAAUCGAUGUUGAGAACGUGCCUCCCGUCAUCUCGACGCCACAUCACUACCUCAUCAGCAUCUAUCGGGAUAAAAUCUUCUUUGUGUCUGUCAUACAGACGGAAGUGCCACCACUCUUUGUAAUUGAAUUUCUACACCGAGUAGCAGAUACUUUCCAGGAUUACUUCGGCGAAUGUUCUGAAACUGCAAUUAAGGACAAUGUAGUUAUUGUGUAUGAACUUCUAGAAGAAAUGUUAGACAAUGGCUUUCCACUUGCAACAGAAUCUAACAUACUGAAGGAGCUGAUAAAGCCUCCCACAAUUUUGCGCUCCGUUGUCAACUCGAUCACAGGCAGUAGUAAUGUGGGUGACACGCUUCCCACCGGACAGUUGUCCAACAUUCCCUGGCGCAGAGCAGGGGUAAAAUACACAAACAAUGAAGCCUAUUUUGAUGUCAUUGAAGAAAUUGACGCGAUUAUAGACAAAUCAGGUUCCACAGUCUUUGCAGAAAUCCAAGGUGUUAUUGAUUCAUGUAUUAAGCUCUCAGGAAUGCCAGAUCUUUCUCUUUCUUUCAUGAACCCACGGCUGCUGGAUGACGUCAGCUUCCAUCCAUGUAUUCGCUUCAAACGCUGGGAGUCUGAGCGAGUCCUUUCAUUUAUUCCUCCCGAUGGGAAUUUCAGAUUGAUCUCCUACCGUGUCAGUUCACAGAACUUGGUUGCAAUUCCUGUAUAUGUGAAACACGUGAUCAGUUUUAAGGAAAAUAGUUCUUCGGGAAGAUUUGAUGUUACCAUUGGACCAAAACAGAACAUGGGGAAAACAAUAGAAGGAGUUGUCAUGACAGUUCACAUGCCAAAGGCCGUGCUUAAUAUGAACCUCACUGCCACACAAGGCAGCUACACAUUUGACCCAGUUACUAAAGUGUUAACCUGGGAUGUUGGCAAAAUCACCCCUCAAAAGCUUCCAAACCUGAAGGGUAUAGUGAACCUGCAGUCUGGAGCCCCCAAGCCAGAGGAGAAUCCAAGUUUAAACAUCCAGUUUAAGAUACAACAGCUUGCCAUUUCAGGGCUGAAAGUAAAUCGCUUGGACAUGUAUGGAGAAAAAUACAAGCCUUUCAAAGGUGUGAAAUACAUUACAAAAGCGGGAAAAUUCCAAGUCAGGACAUGAGAACAUGCUCUACUUUCAAGAAGAUAUUCCCCAUUGAAAAAAAAAAAAAAAAAAACAAAACACAACAAAAAUCAACAAGAAAACUUGACUGCUUAGUGACUUAUGUUGCUAUUGAUUAGGUGCCAAUUAAUAGACACUGAUUAGUUUGGGAUCAAAGCAUUUGUGCACAGCAGCUCAUAAAAUGAAAGCAUAGCUUAGUUUUUUUUUUUAAUAUGGCUUUAAAAUAAGGUACCUUUUUUCUAAUACACCUUCACUCUUUUUUUACUGAAUUGUUGUGUUGGUGAAUAGUUUGAUAUAGGCGAUCCACACAACGUCACUAACACUACACUGCCAGUCAGAUACCAAAGCCCAGGGGCCAAGCACAUUAUGAAGGCCAGACAGGCCACUGGAAAAGUCUUGUGGUGGCUGGUUUUGCUGCUGCAGCCGCCGGCAGAAAAAGCUCAGCUAUUCUCACAGCCAUCUGCAAGCUGGCAUUCCACAGAGCAUCGCGUAAUCCCUCCGGAAAUGGAGAGCAGCAGUGAGAGGGGCAGGGGUCCCACCGCAGCCUGGGACAGAGCAAGUGUCACUCCCGAGAAAGAGUUUCUGAUGAGGAAAAAGUAAUUUCCUUGUUGUUUACAAGAAAUCGCCUUUCUUAAGAAGCAUUUGCCUUAAGCAGCUUGCAUUUGUGCCAUCUGCAGAUGAGCUGAUAGAAGGAAUAUUCUGCAUUAAAUCUGGGAGGUGUUUGUUGCUUCAGUAAUCCACUUUCUUCCCAUUCAAUCUCAUCAUCGCCACCAUUUUUUUAAGAAUACAGUUGCAGAGAGUAAGAUCUAUUUUUUAUGUGAAGCCUUUGCUUUGAUUUGGAUGUUCCACUUGUUGGAAGUGGAUGCCACCAGAUUUGUGCCAUGUGUACAUUGGAGUGUAGCUUUUUAGAUAGCACAAUAGAACUGUCAAGUGUAUUUAAUGGUCGUGUGCUUUAAUGUUAUGAAAUAAAGGGAACUCUACUCAAAAUACA